ACGUGACUGACAUUUGAUUAACCAAUCACUAUACAGUAACUGGCCAAACCACGAUUUUGAGAAAUGGCCGACGAUAAAGAACUCGAAAAAACCAUUGCAGAAGACUUGGUUGUGACCAAGUACAAGCUUGCAGGACAAAUUGUCAAUCGUGUCCUGGAACAAGUGAUCGCAAAAUGUGUUCCCGAUGCUUCAGCACGAGAGAUUUGCGAGUUCGGUGAUAAGCUUAUCCUGGAAGAAACGUCUAAAGUUUUUAAAAAAGAGAAGGACUCCAAGAAGGGUAUUGCGUUCUCGACAUGUGUAUCAGUUAACAACUGUAUAUGUCAUUUCUCACCCAUUCCUAGUGAAUCUGACUACAUUCUAAAACAAGGUGAUCUUGCCAAGAUCGACCUAGGUGCACACAUAGAUGGGUUCAUUGCUGUUGUGGCGCACACAGUUGCGGUGGGUGGUGCAGAGGUGACAGGUCGAGCAGCUGAUGUACUUUUGGCUGCACAUCUGGCAAGUGAAGCAGCCUUAAGACUGCUUCGGCCUGGCAAUGAGAACUAUGCUAUCACUGAUGUUGUUCAAAAAAUUAGUGCUGAAUAUGGUUGUAAACCAGUAGAGGGAAUGCUAUCACACCAACUAAAGCAAUUCCGAAUUGAUGGUGAAAAGAGUAUAAUACAGAAUCCAUCGGAGGCCCAGCGCAAGGAACACGAGAAAGCCACUUUAGAAACCUAUGAAGUGUAUGCUAUGGAUGUUCUUAUUUCCACUGGAGAGGGUGUGGGGCGAGAAAUGGACACUAGGUGUACAAUAUAUAAAAAAACUGAUGAAAUAUAUCAAUUGAAACUCAAGGCAUCCAGAAUGUUCUACAGUGAGGUUCGUAACAAGCAUGGUUCAAUGCCAUUCAACUUACGCAGUUUCGAUAAGGAGACCAGCGCUAGGCUGGGCGUCGUUGAGUGUGUCAACCACAAACUCAUUGAACCUUUCCAGGUCCUGUAUGAACGUACUGGGGAGCUUGUGGCACAGUUCAAAUUUACAGUGCUGCUCUUACCUAGUGGCACCCAUCGUAUCACCGGCUUGCCUUUUGACAAGAGCCAAUGUAAAACUGAACGUAGCAUAAAGGACCCUGAACUAAAUUCUCUUCUCAACUCAUCCGCAAAGUCAAAUAAGAAGAAGAAAAAGAAAACUGGUGCUGAGGAACCAAUGGAAGUUGAAACUGUUGCCUAGCAACUAGCUUAUCAACCGAACCUGGAACGAAAUAAUUAAAAAUUACAGCUUUCCUCAGCCACAGACUUAACAUUCAAAUUCAGCAAUAUUAUAUACUAAUUUCAAGCAAGCCAUUAAAAACAUUUUGUGAGCAUAGUAAAUUAAACUUGUACAUGAGAUGAAAUCUUUUAGUAAUAUUGUGAACAUCCUUACGAAGUUAUAAAUAAUGUCAAGUUACUGCCUUCUUAUGCUAGUUUAUUAUUGAAAAUUGUUGAAAGAUUCCAUGUCAUAAACAAUUUCUUUUUGUAUCCCAUUGACAUUAUAUAGUGAUUUGUAAUAGCAUAGAAAAGUUGUUAUAUAUUUAAGUGUUUACAUCUCAAAAUCAUAACAGCAUUCCCUGUUGUAGAUUCAAAUAAUGUGUAAAUUCCUUGAUGAUAUAAGUCAUAGACACAGUAUUUUCUAAGCAUUUCCCUAGUGACGUUGAAAUUUCUAAAGAUUGUGAUGUGCACAAAAUUGGUUGCGUGUAAUAUACGAUCUCGAUGUGUUGACUACUUCUGUAACUGCACACUUGUGUUUUUGAGAAACCUGAAAAGGCCAAUUUUGUAGAUAUAAUUGACUUUACACUGAUUAAUUUUUUUAAUAUUCUGCAUUUUAUGGAAAUAAAUUUUAGUAAAUGGGGCUAAACUUUCAGGUUCUUCAAUAACAACUAUAAAUGUUUAUUUAUGUAUAAUCAACUGCACAACUUAUACAUUGUUAUCUACUGUAUAUUAAAAUUUUAUCGACAAUUGAAUUUCAUCAGCAUAACUAUGUAGGAAAUCUGCAAAUAAUUUCAUCCAUUUGAUGAAAUAUUUGUUGUGCAUGUGAUUAUAUAUGUAAUAGGAAGAGAUGUAAAAUAUGUGACACUGUGAGACUAAAAAAUAAAUCAAACUGUGCCACGAAUUGUGGUUUUUGUAAUAAU